GCUCGAGGUUCAUUCAGUGCCGCGACACAAAACCAAAGCAAUCGUCUCCGCUCAGUGGCAGUAGCCGGGAAGAAUAUGUCACGGAAAGAGCUCUACUUCCAGUGCGGUGUCGAUUGAUUGUGCGAUAAUCUAGAACUUUGCAUUUCCUUUGAAUCAUAGAAAUCGCGUUGCUGAGUUUUAUACAUCUAAACGAAGCGUAAAUUUCACAUAAAAGUGUUUUAAAACUCUUCCGGUUUCGAUUGUGCCGUGUUGGUUACCGUCGAGUUCCUUAAGCCGUGUAUCCUUUCAGUGGGUGGCAUCUGGAGUUGGCUUUGGAUAGUGUGUGUGCAUGUGAGAAAAAAAGGUUCAAAGAAGAGAGUGCGAACUUUGGAGCGAAAGCUUCGCUCCAUUUUCACUACCAACCACGAUUUUUCUUACAGCCGGCAUGUGGAGAAGAGCAUAACGACACGUGCAUCGUCCGAUUGUGCAAAAGCGGGGGGCGCGCUCUCUCCACGCCAGCAGCAGUCAGUAGCGGCCUUUUAAAGUAUUGUUGUUGAUCAAUUGUGCAAUCAGUUGAGAAUAGUGUGAUACGAAGUGGUCAUACGAUUAUUGCAGCAGCCCCAGUGUUCAAAAAUAGCUCGCCGGUACUCGUUGGAGGAAGCGUCACUGCAGACUUAGAGCGAGUCGUUCAAUUGAAUUAAAUGUGUGGUCCAAUUUAGGACUAAUUUAGUCGCGUCGCGUCUGCAAAACUACGAACGAAACAAUAUCAAGGGGGAAAACGAAUGCGUAAAAACUAAGUCGUAAUCGUGGGAGGACGCGUAAACGUAAGGAUUGCCGUGAGAUGAGAUGAAAGCUUUUGUAUGACCACCACCAACAGCGAACUGCUGGGCCUUGCCUUCAUGGCAUUCUUCAUCAUCACCUUGUCCUCCACCGCCCGGUACUAUUUCAAAUUCUUCUGCUUCAUCAUCCUGUCGGUGGUAUGUGCCGUGGGUCCAGUUCCGCUCAUGCUUUUACGGCCACGAGACUACCGGAAUGCCUUAUUGCCCGCCUAUCUCUGUACCAAGUUUGGGAAAAUGCUUGGCGCCUCGUUCGAAGUUCGUGGCCGGGAAAACGUUAACCGGCAGCACGGAGGGGUUGUCCUAAUGAAUCACCAGAGUGCAUUGGACUUGGUUGUGCUGGCCUAUUUGUGGCCCAUCGUAGGACGAGCAACGGUGGUGGCGAAGCGGGAGGUCCUGUAUAUGUUCCCAUUUGGAUUGGCCUGUUGGCUGUGGGGAACUUUGUUCAUCGAUCGGAAAAAUCAACGCUCAGCAAAGUCGGCAAUCAAUAACGAAUCGAAGGCAAUCAAUGAAAAACAGGCAAAAAUCUUAUUCUUCCCUGAAGGAACUCGGGGCGAUGGUGAUAGUCUACUGCCAUUCAAGAAAGGUUCCUUCCACGUGGCAAUCGAAGCCCAAGGCUACAUUCAACCAGUGGUGAUUUCCAAGUAUCACUUCCUAAAUUCUAAAGCAAAACUUUUCAAUCGAGGUCAGAACAUCAUUAAAAUUUUGCCGGAAGUCUCCUGCGUCGGAUUGACGAAAGACGAUAUGCCCCAACUGAUGGACCGAGUUCAGAGAAUGAUGCAAUCCGAGUACGAAGCUCUCAGUGAUGAAUCGCUGGCGAUUAAUAAUCUCAGCAAGAGCCUUUGAAUUCCACCGCCAAUGGUACAAACACAAAUUAAAAAAAAACGCACAAAAAGCUUGCUAAAAGGAAGCAAAUGACUUUUGAGCUCUUGUUUUGGGUUUGGGUGUGGUGGUGCAUUAAUUUCAAGUAAACGCUGCUACCGCGAAAAGUGAAAAGAACGAAGCACCUUUUUAACCGUAGAUUGAAGAAAUGAAGAGGCUUUCUAUCCUUUCCUCCCACCUAGUGCUUGAACCUUUGCACUUAGCAGCUACGAAACCACCCCUUUCCGACCCCAGAAGAGACUAGUUUUUAAGGAAAAUUAGCACAAAAGCAAGAAUGAUUGCUCAACGAAUUAAUCUUCCCCGCCUGUCCGCACAAAAGGACCAACCACGUUUCAUUAUCCCUCGAGAAGGAAUUUAUCUAUUAGGCUAGACGUAGUGGAAAGCUGCGAAUCACUUUGUACGCGGGUUUUCCUGCAGUCCAGUUUUGGCGCUUAAUUUCCUUUUUACUGUGAGUAGUUGCAGUUUAGGGUAAGCAGAAAUUGUCUAAAACAUCGUGUCUUAAACUUGCAAUGGCCGAACGGGUAGUACUACAACUCCAAUAGAAUGUGAAGUAUUUUGUUUUGUAUGGAUGGGUGAGAUAGUAUUGGGUGGAAUCCCGUCGGAUGUUCCUCUAAUAGGAGUACUAAAAUGUAGUGCAACAAUUUUGAAAUCGCUGCUUAACUGACUAUUUAACUAUUAAAGAUGUGAGAGUAUCUUGUGCGUGUAAAUAUGAGGCAAACAAAGUCGAUAAUAUUCCUUAACAAAGCUACAAUUAUUUAGAGUGAUGAGAUUUUAGCAAUAAACGAUUAUAAUAUAUACAUGUGAUACUCGUUUAAUAAAAAUUCCUAAUGUGAGUAUGAACUUAGUAAA